AAACAGGUCACUGUUUACUUACUUACUACGGAGUAGAUGACUCGAGACUCUCGAGUAAGAAGACUCUAGUUAACUAUAGUAUUAUUAUUGUUUUUACAGACUGACCGAGUCCCUCUGCAAGCAAUGCCUUGAGAUCUAUUUACAGAGUAAUCUUGCAUACACGUACCAUACAUGUAUUCGGUGUAUGUAAAUAACGCGGCGCGACUCUGUCCCGCUUGGGCCUGCAAUAGGUGACUAAGCCAUCUGAUAAGUGAAGGCUGCUCUCGUGACUUCAUCGACUCCAAGCUCCAGCUCGAGAGAAUCAACAUUCGAUAUUCCGAGUCCAGGUACAAAACUCAUCGCCACAGCUCUUCAAACCUCUCGAGUCCCACUGAUUUCUUCGUAAUACUAAGUUUUCGAUUUGCUGAAGGGCGUAUUGAAGAGGCCUUGUCAGUGGAGAUAUGGAAUCGUCGCCGUUGACUUUGGCGCAUUCCCAUGCUCGAAAUGCCCUCUUCGAAACACGCAAAUCUAACCCGGUAGCGGCCAGUGAGGAACAUGACCUUGCUGCUGGCGAGUUUUCGACCGCAGCCCAAGGCACCCUCGACCCUGAUGCGCUGCGGACCCUUCAGCUCCUCGAAAAACACCACAAACGACUUGCGGAAAUCCUCAGGUUCCAACAUGAACACCCUGUAGCCUCUUGUCCCGAAUCCGUAAAUUCGCCGCCGUCAACCCUUUCAACUGCCCAACAUAUUAAAUUUAUCUCUGAAGGUGUAGGUGGAGGAUCGUCUUCUGUUGCAGCUCCAUCCCUGGAAAAUACCCACCAACCCCCUCGUUUACCCACUCAACAUAGAUCUCUCCAGCGCGAUACAAGCUCAAUAGCAAGCAAUUUGGCUUCCGCACGUGGUAUUCCUUCCCACCCACCCCGAGGCAGUCUUGUAUCUCCAACUGUAUCAGCUCAGAAUGCUGGCGCGCAAAUGGCCGGCGCUCCAUUACGGACAAGACUUGAAGACACUAGUCUCGAUACCGUAAACGCCGAAUUAAAGGCUCUCCCUAGCAUGUCUUCCAGACGUAAACCGUCUUGGGCUCCAACGGCAAUAAGCCCUACAGAUAUCGUCGACCAACAAGCAGUCCCACCAGAGCCAACUGAGACACGUAGACUCGGUUUUGGAUUCCCAAAGGAUGAAUCGUUCCAGCGAUUUUAUUCAACCUUUGAAGGCCUCAUAUCCAAACUCUCUGGACCCCUAGCUUUUGCUAGUUUACCUCUGGGCAUUGAUCCAGCCAGCCAGAAAUCCGGAGCAGAUACCAAGCUCGACCGCAGCCCUGCAUCCGCAGAUACUACCAGCCAUUUUACAGAGCAACCAGACGUGAAUAAGCUAGUAUCAGGAGCCGCACUUCGGGCUCUUCGAGGCAGAGAGGGCUCAAAUGGGUCAGCUGGCCACACAAACCCGGCAGAAUCAUUCUACGUUGUCCCUACGGCGGGUGGAACGAUAUCGUACGCGGGCAUCCUUUCUCGAGCUGAAAAGGAAGCCCGUAGAAACAGCCUAGGCGACAGCCACGACGACGACUUCGUCGAUGCGCGUGAAAACCCGCUGCCCCCGGAAUCUUCUGCAACCGCCACGGCAUCAAACAGGGAUCGAAAAGCAACUGGGGGACGGAGGAGAGGAGGAGCAGGGGGCGCACUGGAGCGCAGCACGGCACAGGCUGCACCACACCCAAACGCAAAAACCCUAGAAGAACUGCAAAUGGAGAACCAAGCGCUGAAGCACCUGUCAGACACGCUUUCCAAACGACUGCACAUGUGGGAAGUCAACGCGCAGUCGUCAUCAUUGGCAUUGCAGCAAUCCCUCAAAGCGAUGCAGCACCAAUCCGCCAGCUCGCCUGCACGCCAGCUCUCCCCCAUGUCCUCUGCUACACCUCAGGUAUCCCAUGCCCAGGGUACACAAUCAACAUCACCGCUACCUCCAGCGGAGGGUGCUGCUGCGGGACUCCAGCCAUCAUCACGGGCUGGGCCUGGUGCUGACGCGGCCCGGCUUAUGGAGCUAGAAGAGCGCGCGCGCCGGAGUGAAAGGGAGUUGCAGCGCGUGGGCCGCGAGAACGAGAAGUUGAGGGAUGUGGUGGGGCGGUAUCGGGAUCGGUGGGAGAAAUUGAAAGAAGGGGCUCGAGUGCGGCGGGAGGGGGGGAAUGGGGGCGGCGGGAAUACUAAUAAUGGAGGUGAUAAGGGGAAGCCGGUGGAGAAGAGUAAGAGUGCUGCUACAGCUGCACCUGCCAGCACGACUGCUGUUGAGGAGGGUGCAACUGCGGUUAAUAGAGAUGGCGCUAAUAGCACUGCUGCUGGAGGAGGAGCAGCCGGAGGAGGAGGGCCGGGUGGUGGUAGUGGUGCCGGGGAAGGUGAAAGAAAACGACGAGAUGAAGAUGAAAGUGCGAAGGGUUUGCUUGAUGACUAGCCUUUUCUUUCAAUUGAAUGAUUGGAAUCCUCCUGGCAGGUGCUUUAGUUAAUUCAAAAAUGUAUCCAUCCCAUGAUGAUUGCUGGCCAUAUCUGCAUAAAAGAAAAGUUCCUUUUAGACCCGCUACUACUUCUGCGAUGGAGCUGGAAACAUGUAGCAUUUAGUAGAGAAGCAUUAAAAAUCAAUGUGUUCUAAUUUUUUUAUUUUUUUACUUUAUUUUUUUAUUUUAUUUUAUUU